AGCAGGUAGACCCAGUAAAAACAAAAAAAGAUUUAAAAGAGUAAUUUAAAAAAGUGUGUGUGUUAAUUGAUGACGGAAUAUUUUGGGGGUUUCUAUCGAUGGAGUUAAAAAGAGAAAGCCGCGUGAAUUGGGAGAUGAGCCUGCCCUUGAAUUGAUUGAAUGGGUUGUUUUUCGUGUUUCGAUUCCAAGGAGGAUGAGAAGUUGAAUCCUAAUCAGCAUCAACAUCAGGAAACCCAUCAUCAUCAUCACGAUCAUAAUAAUAUUUCUAGAUUGCCCUCUUCCGGACCCUCUGGAGGAGUGGAGAAGCUGCGGUCAACAAGUAAUGGAUCUUCCAAAAGGGAAUUGCAAUUGCAAUUGCAAUUACCUGCUGCUCUCAAAGACGGACCACCUGGCCAAAUUGCCGCUCAAACUUUUACUUUCCGUGAACUUGCCGCUGCUACCAAAAACUUCAGGCCUCAGUCCUUUUUAGGGGAAGGUGGUUUCGGAAGGGUCUACAAGGGACGCCUCGAAACCACGGGUCAGGCUGUUGCUGUUAAACAGUUGGACAGAAACGGUCUCCAGGGUAAUCGGGAGUUCCUUGUCGAGGUUCUCAUGCUCAGUCUUCUACACAGCCCUAACCUUGUCAGUCUCAUUGGAUACUGUGCCGAUGGCGACCAACGCCUCCUAGUUUAUGAAUUUAUGCCAUUGGGAUCGUUGGAAGACCAUCUUCACGAUCUCCCUGCGGAUAAGGAACCAUUAGAUUGGAACACUAGAAUGAAAAUAGCUGCUGGUGCCGCAAAAGGAUUGGAAUACCUACAUGACAAGGCAAAUCCUCCAGUAAUUUACAGGGACUUCAAGUCAUCUAAUAUAUUACUUGAUGAAGGUUAUCAUCCAAAGCUUUCUGACUUUGGUUUGGCUAAGCUUGGUCCUGUUGGGGACAAAUCACAUGUUUCCACUCGUGUCAUGGGAACUUAUGGUUACUGUGCUCCUGAAUAUGCUAUGACUGGACAACUAACUGUAAAAUCAGAUGUAUAUAGUUUUGGUGUAGUCUUUUUGGAGCUAAUUACUGGCCGUAAAGCCAUUGACAGCACCCGCCCCCAUGGAGAACAAAACCUUGUCACAUGGGCACGGCCUUUGUUCAAUGACCGUAGGAAGUUUUCAAAGUUGGCAGAUCCACGGUUGCAGGGGCGGUAUCCCAUGCGAGGUCUUUACCAAGCUCUAGCUGUGGCAUCAAUGUGCAUUCAAGAGCAGGCAGCUGCACGUCCUCUGAUUGGGGAUGUGGUGACAGCCCUCUCUUAUCUUGCCAACCAGGCACAUGAUACCAACAAUGCUAGUAUUGGUAAUAAUAAGGGAACUGGUGAUGAGAAAAGGAAUAGAGAUGAUAAAGGUGGAAGAAUAUUAAAAAAUGAUGAAGGUGGAGGAUCUGGACGCAGAUGGGAUUUGGAAGGAUCUGAGAAAGAUGACUCCCCACGUGAAACUGCAAGGAUGUUAAACAGGGAUCUUGAUAGAGAACGUGCUGUGGCUGAAGCCAAGAUGUGGGGAGAGAACUUAAGAGAAAAAAGACGACAGAGUGUGCAGGGCAGUUUUGAUGCUUCUAAUGCCUAGUUUACAUUCUGCAAAUCCGAGCACCGUCUUCUGUAAUAUCUUGAUUGUGGCCAUGCAAGGUGAAUUUUUUUGGAAUCUCAUCUUUAGUAGAGCUGGUCUAGGACAAGCCUGAAUGGUCAUUUUGGCGUUGACCGGGCUCUAAUUUGUUUGCAGUGGAUGCAAGGAAACAUUAUGAACCUGGUACCAAAUCUGUUACUUCAGCCUUUUAUGCACUUCGUUUUCCUUAAUGUAUUUAAUUUGCCUGGUGGUCAUGGGCAUACCGAAGUUGUACAUUAUUUGCUGGUAUUAGGAGCACAAGGUUACAAAACUGGUGUUUUAAAAAAGAUGCUCCCGUAAAAACUGCAAGAAUAAAAUACUUGUUCUAACUUCCUUGUUUUUA